AUGUUAGCAAACGACACUAUGAGGAUGCAGGAUGAAGACGAGUAUGAUUCCCUGGAUAAUCGCAUUUUGACAAUGGAAAAGGAGUCGUGGACCAUGUUCUUUGACGGCACAGUUAACCUAUCCGGGUCUGGUACUAGAGCGGUUUUGAUUUCUCCCGAUGGUCAACACUAUCCUGUAGCUACAAAGUUAGUAUUUCCUUGCACCAACAACAUAGCUGAAUAUGAAGCGUGUAUUCUCGGCCUGCAGGUGGCCAUUAAAAUGGAGGUUAGCAAGUUGAAGGUGUUUGGUGAUUCCUCACUUAUUAUCCUCCAGAUUGUUGGAAAAUGGGGGACUAGAGAUGCCAAACUAGUCUCUUACCAUGAUUACCUAGAAGACCUUGUGAAGGAGUUUGACGAAAUAUCAUUCGAAUACUUGUCAAUGUCCCAUAAUCAGUUUGCAGAUGCACUUGCAACUUUGUCGUCUAUGCUCAAAGUUACAGAAGGAUUAGAAAUUGAACCUUUAAAGAUUGUAGUGCUUGCGAAGCCAGCUUAUUGCAUGGUAGUGACAGAAGAACCGGACGGAAAACCAUGGUACUACGACAUCAUGACCUAUAUUCAAAAGCGAGAGUUCCCAGAAGGUAGCAAUCCAACUGACCGGAAACAUCUUAUGAAACUUGCCUCCAAGUUCUUUAUUAGUGGGGAUACAUUAUACAAACGGUCCUUCAACUCCGUCCUACUUAGAUGUGUCAAUGCUAAGGAAGCCACUCAGUUGAUGGAAGAAAUACAUGAAGGAGUGUGUGGUCCUCACAUGAGCGGGCCACAUGUUAGCAAAGAAGAUUAUGAGACUAGGUUACUUCUGGCUGACCUUGAGGGCGAUUGCAUUCAACAUGUCCGGAGUUGUCACCGUUGUCAGAUUUAUGGAGACAAGAUAAAUUUUCCUCCAAAUGAGCUACAUCAACUGUCAGAAUCAUGGCCUUUUUCAAUGUGGAGCAUCGAUGUAAUCGGCCUAAUUAAUUUAAAAGCCUCGAAUGGUCAUCGUUUCAUCUUUGUCGCUAUCGAUUAUUUCACAAAAUGGAUAGAGGCAGCAUCUUAUGCAGUUGUUACCGUAAAGAAUGUCGUGAAGUUCGUGCGACGGGAUAUUAUUGCUCGUUAUGGCGUGCCUAAAGCCAUCAUCAUAGAUGAGGGGACAAACCUAAACAACAAGCUUGUCAAUGAUUUGUUCAAGGAGUUCAAAAUUCAUCAUUUGAAUUCAUCGCCUUAUUGCCCUUAG